AUGAGGGCAUGCUUUUAUAUAUCAGAAGGGUAUUCUCAUGGUAUUCACGAAUUUCUGGAAGAGUUCCUUAGCAGGUGGAGUUUUGUCAAUGAACAAUAUGUUCUUGUUGGUACAGGAGAAAAUGCAGAUGAUGCAGAAAAAUGUGAUGGGCCUUUUCUUUUGGGAGUUGAUAAGUAUCUAGAAGUUGUUGAGGUCUAUGUUUUGAAACUUCUGGGAACCAAUUUGAAUGAUGUUGACCUUGCAUCCUCUUGGGUCGAGAAUGCUAAAUUACCUGAGGACAGAAGACAGAUAGCUGUGCUGGAUGGAUAUCCAAAAACCAAAUACCCUCCAAAUGGAGAGACUGCUAAGAAGCCAGCAGUUUUUAAUUCAUCUAAAAGAUUGGAAGCAUGUGUCUGGUGGUUCCGUACCAUCACUCUGAAAUUUGGUAGUUCUCGGGUGGUAAUAUCUAAUGGAAGGAUUGUCCUGGGCUUCUUGAUUCUGCUCAUAUAUUAUGUUUUCCGGAGAAAACAAGCUACCUUGAAGAGAAUUGUUCAGAGACAAGCUUUGUCAAUGAAGAAUGCUCUGGUAGACUUAUGGCAGCUUGCAUUUUCAUACCAGGUGAAUCCUUUAGCUGCUGUUCAACCUCUCGCAGCUGGAACGAGGGUGGGCCAGUGA